GUUUUUAGUAGCAUCGUCAUCCGAUUUUUAUCGUAAAAAAAGCAAUCGAAAGGACAGAGGAGGUCGAUCCCAAUUUUGUGGUGAAAUCUGAAUCUCCUGGGACGGCGAUAGUUAGUAAUCAUGGAGCGGCUAACUUCUCCUCCUCGUCUGAUGAUAGUCUCGGAUCUUGAUCAUACUAUGGUUGAUCAUCAUGAUCCUGAGAACCUCUCUCUGUUGAGAUUCAAUUCAUUGUGGGAACACGCUUAUCGCCAUGACUCACUCCUUGUUUUCUCAACGGGAAGAUCACCAACGCUGUACAAAGAACUCAGAAAAGAGAAACCUUUGUUGACCCCUGAUAUUACCAUUAUGUCUGUAGGAACCGAGAUUACUUAUGGUAAUUCCAUGGUUCCUGAUCAUGGUUGGGUUGAAACUUUGAACAAUAAAUGGGACUUGGGAAUCGUCAAAGAAGAAACCAGCAAGUUCUCUGAGUUAACUCUUCAGGCAGAAACUGAGCAGAGGCCGCACAAGGUUAGCUUUUACGUUGACAAGAGUAAGGCUCAAGAAGUGACCAAGGAGUUAUCACAGCGGUUGGAGAAACGUGGAUUGGAUGUCAAAAUAAUUUACAGUGGAGGCAUGGACUUGGAUAUCUUACCACAAGGUGCCGGGAAGGGACAAGCGCUUGCGUAUCUGCUAAAGAAGCUGAAGACUGAAGGAAAACUACCUGUUAAUACUCUUGCUUGUGGAGACUCUGGGAACGAUGCUGAACUGUUUAGCAUUCCCGAUGUUUAUGGUGUCAUGGUAAGCAAUGCUCAAGAAGAGCUGUUGAAGUGGCAUGCUGAAAAUGCGAAGGACAACCCAAAGGUAAUCCAUGCAAAGGAGAGGUGUGCGGGUGGGAUCAUACAAGCCAUUGGUGAGUUCAAGCUUGGUCCAAACCUUUCUCCAAGAGAUGUCUCUGACUUCUUAGAAUGCAAGGCUGAGAAUGUGAACCCCGGUCACGAGGUUGUAAAGUUUUUCUUGUUCUACGAGAGAUGGAGACGGGGUGAGGUUGAAAACUGUGAGGCGUACACAGCGAGCCUCAAAUCUUCAUGUCAUCCCAGUGGUGUAUUUGUACAUCCAUCUGGUACUGAAAAAUCUCUGAUAGAUACCAUUGAUGAGCUGCGCAAGUACCAUGGAGACAAACAAGGGAAGAAGUUUCGGGUUUGGGCAGAUCAAGUCUUGGCAACAGACACAACUCCUGGGACUUGGAUAGUAAAGCUUGAUAAAUGGGAGCAGACUGGUAAAGCCUUACUGCCUAAAACUGCAUCAUCUAUAGCUCUAUAUCCAUCAGAAUCUAAUGCAAUACUAAUACCAAUUUCUCUUUGCAGGGGACGAAUGCAGUGGCUGCACAACGACUGUCAAAUUCACCUCAAAGGAAGGGGAAGGGUUGGUGUGGGAACAUGUACAGCAAACUUGGUCCGUGGAUUCAAAGGUGAAGGAUGAUAGCAGCUGGAUCAUCUGAAUCACCUUAUCUCUCUUUCUCUCUCUCUCUCUCUCUCUGCAUAUUAAGAAUUCUUCUCUUUCUCAUAUUAUAAUCUCUGCAAUAAAUCAUUGGAACUUCGGUAUAAACACACCAUUGAUUUUAUAAAACUUGGAUCUCAAAACU